GCCCAGCUGCCGGGCGGUGAGUUUAAAGCGUCUCGGUUGGAGGGUAGCAGGGACAACAAAUAGCUACUUCAUGUUUAGUUGUUCACAGAUAAAACAUUGAGCUCUGAACAGAAGAAGAUGCCAACAGACAGCAUGCCUCUGCAGGACUUGCCCUGCCUGAGUCUCCAGGGCUCCGUGUUGUCUCAGCCCAAGAAGGUCAACAAACGCAAAUCCAGAGGCUGCUUCGGCGAGGGCCUGGACACAGAAUGCACUCCAACAGAGCUCAUCCAGCAGUGCUCACCCAGACACAAGCACCAGCGGCUCAUCAGCAAAGGGAAAGAGAACGACUGCAACCAGUUUGUCUUGGCCAGGAGGCCGAGGAAGAGAAAAGAAUCGGUGUCUGGCAUUUCAUGGGACCGUCUACCAGAUGAGCUGCUUCUCAAGAUCCUCUUCUACCUCCCUCUGCGGGACCUCCUCAGGAUGUCGAUAGUUUGCAAGCGCUGGCACCGCUUAGUGUUUGAUGAGUCUCUGUGGCACAGCGUGGAUCUGGAGGGGUUGACCCACAUGGGUGCAGCUCUGCAGCAGGUCCUGAAAACUAGGGUCCAACGGUUGCGCUGCCCUCGAUCCUUCGUGGAAGAGCUGCACUUCACAGGCACCGGCCCUCUGCAGAUAGUUCAGAUGGACCUGUCCAGCUCUAUCAUCCCCACCUCAGCUCUAGAGAGCAUCAUCUGUCGGUGCAGGCUGCUGGAGUAUCUGAGCCUGGAGGGUCUGCAGCUCUCGGACGCCAUCAUCAACUCUUUGGCCAAAAACCCAAACCUGCUGCAGCUCAACCUGAGCGGCUGCUCCGGCUUCUCUGCUCCUGCGGUGGCUGACAUGCUCGGAUCCUGCACCAGCAUAGAGCAGUUGAACAUAUCAUGGUGUCAGUUCAGCAGUAAUCAUGUGAAGAGCGUUGUCAAUAAUCUGAGCUCCGGUGUUACUCACCUCAACCUCAGCGGUUACAGAGAGAGCAUGACGUUAGACGAUGUGAAGGCGCUGGUGGUGAGAUGCCCUCAAAUUAUAACUCUAGAUUUAAGUGACAGCACGCUGCUGAUGGCUGACAGCUUCCCUGUCCUCGCACAACUCCAGUCUCUGCUGCACCUGUCCCUGAGUCGCUGCUAUCACAUUCACCUUGCCGCUCUCACGGACCUGGGUAAGAUGUUCCCCCUGCUGUCCCACCUGGAUGUUUUCGGCCUCAUGCACGAUGGCCACCUGCCCACUCUGAAGAAGGAGCUGCCUCACGUCAGCAUCAACUCCAGGCCGUUCUCCAACAUCGCCCGGCCCACGCCUGCUGGCAGGACCGUCGGCCUCUUCACCGACCGCACCAUGUGGAACAAGAAGUGUCGACUGCGCUUCAAACCGUAAACUGCCACGUCCCGCUCUAAGCCAAGUUAGUUACUGUCUGAUUCUGCAUUAUUCCAGUGCACAUACAGGGAGCUGUGCAGCGAUGGAGCCAGGUUUCAGUGUUUCUUGUUGCUACAGAAGAUGCUUUUAGUGUUUGCUGACAUUGACAGUACUAAAAGUCACAUGGUGGUUAUGUCUUUAUGUACUGAACUGUGCUGGCUUGUAGAGAAAUGCUGUUCUUUUAUUUAGGAAAGUCAGAUUUGGAUGUUGAAUCCAGUUCAUGUUUUAUAAAUGAAUGUAUUAGCAGAAUGUUUAUGAUUAUUUGGGGUGAGUUCCUCCCCGCCCCCACACAUUUUAAUAUGAUGUUAAAAUCUUCUAUUCUCAGCUGAAAUAAUGAGAGAACAGUUGAUUUGAAUCAGAGUAGGUUUUUGUGUAAAAUGAUGGAUCUGGAUCUUGAAUCUCCAAACAAACGGUGGAUAUUCACUGACUAACCCACAGAUAAAGAGAAACUACAUUUUUUUAUGCAGGUUUACUCACUGUCUCACUGCAUUGCUGUAGAUGAUCAGUAGCUGAACUGCAUAAACGUGUGCAUUUAGCUUUUCUGCAGCUGCUUUUACAAUGAUCUCAUUAUGUCAGUGUAGAUGUGCUGUGUCAGACUGAACUUUAACCCAAUGCAAGUUUUAAUCUGUAAGCUGUUCAUUCAUUACACUUCUCAGUCUUAACAAGUAAAACUCUGAAUUA